ACCAAUUUAGACCUAUCUCUGGCUUUUCUGAACAUGUUUUGCGCUACAAACUCAAGGUUAAAUUAAGGUUGGUUAAGCGACUCGCUUAAUGCAAAUCGUAAACCUUAUACGCUAUCCUAGCCAGUGGACCUAGUAUACGGCAUAAAGGCUUCACACGCUUAAACCAGCGCGAACGUGCAGAGCGCCUUCUCUUCAGCAAUUAUGAGCAACUCGAAAUGGAGUGGUUUCUUAAAACAAGCAAUGUCCAAUGUGGAGACAAGCAUUGACCGUGUUCUCGACGCUGGACAGACUCAGCCCGUUGCAAAUUCCACUGAGAAAAAGGAUCCUAAGGAUGUAAAAAUCGCACAAUUGAUGAAGGAAGGUGAAGAAUGGUCUACAAAAGAACUGAAAUUGAACAAUACAAUUAAAAGUUUACGUAGUACAAUUAAGAAACUCGAGUCUCAAGUCUCAAACGUGCCAGGAAAAGCAGUUGACGAUUCCAAAAUUACCUCUUUAGAAAACGAAUUAACAUCUCUACGAACCGAAAACUCGCAUUUAUUGCAAAAGAAUAAAGAAUUAGAAAAGAGAAUUGAAGAAUUUAUCACGAAAACAGAAGAUCUUACUGUGGACAAUAUCACAAUUGCGAAAUUAACACGAAAGGUCGAGACUUUGACCACGGAAAACGUGUUAGCGCGAUACGAAUGGACUCGUGAAAUUGAACAGAAAACUGUAAUGAUUCAGAAGCUUCAGGAAGAAAACGAACACACAAAAAGAGAGGCAACCAUUAUUUCCAAGAAACUCGAUGACCGUGAACGGGAGUUAGAAAAAGCAAAGUACGAGUUGAAGGUUGCUAACGAGAAUUGUAAGAGUUCGUGUCAGCAGAUAUCCGAGCUGGAAAGUCAGCUUGCAGAUUUGAAAGAGGAAAAUGGAAAACGGUUACAGUCUUUAGAGCUUGAGCUUAGUCAAUUGAAACUUGCAAAAGAAAGCGUCAGUCGAACUUCUUCUGUGACCCACCUUGUUAUACCAGAAAAUGAGCAAAUUGACGCUGUUGAUAUUGGCGAGGAUAAAGAACAAGCAUUCUCACCCACCUUUACCGCUCAGCAGAAUAUUGAAGCAUUCCUCGAUACGCUUUCCAGUCCCAAACAAGAAAUAUUAUCCCCACAGUUUUCCGAGCCUGUUCCUCGCGUCCCCUCCGUAUCCAAAGCCCUCAAUGACCACCAUCGAGUUUCCGUUUCAAGCCAUCCUGCCACACCUAUGCUCGCGAAAGAUGGGACACCUUUGUCUGCCCGGUUACCCUCUUCUUUCUCUGGCAUGCCUUUGCGCACAUCAUCCAGCGAGUACACAGAAGGACCAAACAUCGGUAUCUUAGAACGACUUGCCUCAACUGUGCAUCAGCUCGAGACGGAGCUCCAGAACUCCAAACAACAAAUCGCACAAGUUGUUCAACAACGAGACCAGGCUCGUCAGGAAAUUGUUGACCUUAUGGUUACGAACGAGACCUCAACCGUCAACAGCAGUGAACUUGAGGAGCUGCAGGCCAAGUGUACUGAGCUUGAACAGGAACUUAAGACAAAUCGUGUUGCUUUACAGCAAAAAACGGAACAGAUCAUGGACCUGCAAAUGGACAUGAAGGAAAUGCGUGAGCUGUUUAAAAGUCAAAUUGAUAUGCUUGCUAGAAGAUGAAAAUACUCAUCUUCAGCUAAGGCAUAAAUGGGGCAAUUACUCGAAUACUGCGAACAACACCGUGUUCCACUUCUUUUUUCUUCUUCUUCUCGAGUCAUCACUCUCCUUAGUAACACCUUACUACUAAUUCCCGCCCUUUUGUUUAUCAUUUUGUUCUAAUGUUUCCGGUAUUGAAGCAUACAUUAAUUUAUAAAAGCAUAGUGCGCUAUUCAACACAGGCAGCGCCGCCAAGCUGUUCGAGAACUGCUUCAAUUUGAUCGCCAUCUUCCAUUUCCAGCUUGAAGCGAAGUUAGCACACGGAUAACCAAAGCUAACGUGCUGUUUUGUACUGAAAUAGCACAGACGCAGGCACAGGAAAAGCUCACAUACCUCGGCAGGUGUUUGAUCGGGGCGAAUGCGUUCACCGUCAACCAAGAAACGCAGACUGGACAUCGACUUUCCUUGACGAGCACAAUAUAUUUUCAUGAGUUUACCGAACUCUGUUGUUUUUUUAAUUUUGAAGAAGACCUCAUUGUUAUCCUUUACGGUUUGUUAGCAAAUGAAUUCUGACAGUCUGUUUCCAACUUGAUGAAUUAACGCACAAACCGUAGACCAACUUUAGGCCCAUUUUGUGCCAUUCAUUGUAACCUGCAUAAUAGAAAUCUUUCAUACCUGACCGACGACCUUGAGAUUAAUAUGUUCAGCCGAUGGCUUUACAUCUUGUUGAGAUGGUCCAGCAGCAGCGGAAUUGUUGCCAAGGUUUUCGAGACCAACAGAAGGAUUGGAUGAAGGUGUAUCAGACAUUUUGAAAAAACGUUCCUUUCACAGCGAGGAGA